CUCAGCCCGUAUCCCAUGGCUCCACCGAUUGACCUCUCCACCUCAAUUUCCUCCCUCGACCGUAGCAUUGCCAUCCCAGGCUUCAUUGCGACACUCAUUCUCGCCGGUGCGCUGCUGCGCAAGACUAAGAAACGUAGUGACGUUCCACUUCCCCCCAGCCCCGCGGGAGCUCACUGGCUCAACGGACAUGCCUUUCCUCAACCCUACCCGUUUCUCCAGGUAGAGCGCUGGAUUGAGGAGUACGGCCCCGUUAUCACCGUCAAACAAGGCCGACAGACUGUCGUCAUCGUCGGCCGACACCAGGCCGCCUUCGACAUCAUGGAGAAGCAAGGCGGUUCUUCAGUGGACCGACCACGCACUGUCGCUGCGGGCGAGAUCCUGUCCGGUGACCAUCGUUUGGUGUUCACGGGUGCGGGCGACAGGUUUAAGAGGAUGCGCAAGGCGGUUCAUUCGCAUCUGCAACCCAAGGCGGCUGAAAGUUACGAAACGAUUCAGCUGGCACACGUCCGCAGAGUGAUCUUGAACAUCCUUGACAGACCCGGAGACUUUCAGCUCCAUGCUAAAGCAUAUGCCGCAUCAGUGGUGCUUCAAGUAGCUUACGGGAAAAUGACGCCGACUUCGGCCUCCGAUCCUGAUGUGCAGGCCGUACAUAGAGCCCUGGACCACGUCCGUGUUGCCCUACAGCCCAACGCCUACCUUGUCGACUCUUUCCCGUUCUUAAAGUAUAUCCCUUGGUAUGCCAAUGAUCUGAAGGAAGGAUACAAGGCCGACAGCGAGCUGUACAUGCGGAAACUAACAACCGUGCGUGAGCAAAUCAAAAGCAGCGACGCGGGACCAUCGUUUAGCAGGUUUCUAUUGGAAACCACUGGCGAGCACAAGCUGAACAAACAUGAAAUGGCGUACCUUGCAGGAACCUUCUUUGCGGCAGGCUCUGACACGACAUCAUUGGCAAUCUGCACCGUGUUCAUGUGUGCGGCCCUUUUCCCCCAGGCACAAGCUGCGGUUCAGGAGGAGCUUGACUCUGUGAUUGGGAGAGACAGACUCCCCACGUUUUCGGACGAACGCUCUCUUCCCCGUCUCAAGGCAUUCAUCUCGGAGGCUCUGCGUUGGCGCCCCAUAGUUGCUAUGGGUAUCCAGCACAGGACCACGGAGGACGUUUUCUGGGGAAACUACUGCAUUCCAGCCGGGACCACCGUUGUAGGAAACCAUUGGGCGAUUUCUCGCGACCCAGAGGUGUUCCCGAAUCCGGAGCGCUUUGACCCCCAGCGAUGGAUCAACAGCAAAGGCCAGAUGAGAGACGACCUCAAGUACUUCACAUUUGGAUUUGGACGCAGGGUAUGCCCUGGCCAACACGUCGCCAACCGCUCCGUUUUCAUCAACGGAGCCAUGGUUAUGUGGAGCUUCCGCCUAUCUACGCUCACGCCGCCUGCGGAUGACAUGGUAUUCAUGUCGGGCGUUACACCCGUAAAGCGGGUUUGCGAUAUCAAGUUCGAGCCGAGGGUGUCUGAGAAAGACCUAAGAGCGAUGAUUGAGAACUAUGGUGAUGAUUUGUGACCUGCGCUGUCAGUGUAUAGCGCGGACAAGAUGACCAUCUUUAGUUCAUAGUCAGCCUAGAUAUGUCCUUACGAGUCGAGAGUGAAUUGAA